GUUAUAAAAACCUAUGAAAUAUAGAAUUAAAUAAACCAUUGAAAAUUGUAUUUAUUUAAUAAACACAAUAUUUGUGGGAAUAUCCCUUGAAUAUAACUAUACAUUUGGAACAUUUUAUAUAAAUACUAUUUAUGAUGGCAGGGUUAAAGGUUAGAUGACACAAAGACUUCCUGUUUUAACAUGGUAACGGAAGAACUUGGGGGCCCUCUGCUGUGGGUUUAUGGUACUCCAUUCAACUGCCUUCAAUAACAGACUGGCUCAGUAGACUGCAUUGCACUCACUCUAAUACCCAGCAGAGGGAGCAGGGCAGCAGUGAAUAUCAGUCAGAAGUCAGGAGAGGGUGUCAGCAAACAGGACCUUGGGUGACGUGUGCAAAGUGCAAAGCAAGUGAUGUCAUUCUCGUCACCAUAGACUUUAGGAGCACAACACUCUAUAGCUCAAACGUGCACCAAAACAGACCUUAGGACAUGAUACAGACCGGUUCCACUGUAUCUGAAAUAAAUGCAAGACGGUUUAGAUAAAAGGUAUGCACAAUUUUCUAGAGGGUUAAAGGCCAAACCUUGCAUAUCAAUUAGCAAAGGUACGAUUCAAAAACUGAAUAUAAAUCGUAUGUUGCUUUGCAUUCAGCAUAUUUAAAAUACAUUUGUAUGUUGUUUUGAAAUGCUUCUAAAAUGACAUCAUGGAUGCUUAAACUGUUCAAUGUAGAAAACUAGGCAUUCUAACAUCUGAGGUGCUACCAUGACAGCGUACAGUCUUGAGCGAGACUAAGGCCUAUAAUUAGCCUCAGACACUGAACACCAACCUUUUUCAGCUCUGUUGAGUCUGAGAGGAAAUAUUCAUUACAUAAUGAAAUAUCUGCCUCACGGACAUACUUACUGAAUGCCACAGAGUCUAAGCCCUAGACCGGAGCAGAGUUUCUAGCAUGUUCGUUUUGAGCAAAUCCUGCUCUUUUCUGCUUAUCCUGCUUGCUUUUCAACAUUUCAACCCUCCUCCCCACCUUAGCCUCAUCCACCCUCCUCUUUGUGGGUCAGUGACGCAGCAAGUGUGACGCAGCAGUGUCAGUGACCUCCAGAAGGCAGUAGAACAACAGGAAGAAGACAGAGAAGUCCCAGACCACGGACUGCUACCGGAUCACAGCAAAAAGGCAGGUGGGGAAGAGCUCCCAAACAAGGCCAACGGAACUAAGGACUAUAUUUGGUAGUUGUUCUCAACUCUCUCCAAAGCACCAGGGCGCUCAUUCUCAGCGACAGGGCCAGCAAGAGGAUCUGUGAGCAGGAUUUUGGUAGGCUACCAAGUGCAUGAGUGCUCUCUGUAACUCAAGUGCUAUGAGGUUGGACAGCUUCAUGUAAUAUUGGUUUGCUCAUGUCGUGAAAAUUAGGAUGAGACCUGCUCAGGCUUGUUUUGUGGACCUUCAUUCUAUGAGGAUCAGAUCUGCUUGUGUCAAGACAAUAUUAUAUAGAUUAUGUUUUGUGGGUUCUGUGUCUGCCCUGUAACAAACAUCCUAAUAACGGAUCCCAACUUAUUACAUGUAUGCACAAAAAAAAGAAAACAGCCAGCUCAAUAUGCCACACGAUGAGGAUAACCCUAAUUUGUUCCUAAUCGAGAACAGGAAUACAUUCAGCAAAGUCAUGGGAUACACAGCGGUCUGGACCAGGCUUUGUUUAUAAAAACCUGAGGGACUAGCCUAUUACCAUAUGAUCAGUAGGCUAAAGGGUUGGGAGCUUUACUGUGUUGCUGCGUCGGUAUGUCUUUGUUGGUCGAUACACUAGCCGGAAAGCAGCUACCAAGGAAAGUGCACCGGCUGGUACCCUUGAGAUACUCAGGUGACCAGGACGAAACAGGGCUAACGGACACAAACAUAAAAAUCCACUCAAGCGGCUUCUGUGAUAUGCACUCUAAUCACAAACCUAUUGCUAAUAAUGGAAAUACACAUUAUCAAAGGGACCCGGCUGGUAAGUUGGACACAUUUCAUGGCCAAAAAGAAGAGGACAUAGAUUGUUGUAGAUUGUUCAAGCAACAACCUUUUGUUAAGUAUCCUUCCAAGUACAUCCAUGGAUGUAAAAGAGCUGCUGCACUAUGGGUAUUGUAGUUGGGGGGGCUUGCAGUGCCAUGUCUGGUUCAGCCUUAUUCCCCUCCCCCUCGUCUGCAGUGUGACGCAUCUACUGCUUUUGCAUCAAUCAGCCUCCUCACCGUUGGUUAAAGCUACAGCUUCUGCUGGUAAUGGCACAACGCAUUUCAUUUCCCCACACACUCAGCUAAACCGGCAACCGGUCUAGAGAUUUCUGCAAUCCUGAAUUCAUCAAAGAUAUAUAAUGCAGCAUGAUCUUUACCUCAUGUGCAUGCGUGUGCUGUGCAUAAAUAUGUAAGCAUCGCGGCAAUGGUUCGACUGUGAGAUGCAGCCGCACAGACAAAGAGACUCUGCCCUUUGUGCAUAGGCAGGAAACAGAUGGUGUGGCGUAAUGCAGCCUAUGCACAGGUUGUUUAUCUGUGAUCUGGGAUAAUGCUAUCCACAUCACGGCGCUAUCGCCCUUGGAUCAGCACAGAGAGACGUCUGUGCCGAGAUGCGUCCGAGCGGAGAACGUGUGAGCUUUGUAGGAACGACUCAGCAGAGGAGUCCUUGGCGAAUAUCGCUGCCAGCCUUGCAGCACACCCCUCUUUCUACCUCUUGCAGCGCUGGUGUGUUUUGUAGCACCCGCAGCUCCCCGCAAUCGCACUACAGCCUACCUCUACCAUCCCUAAUAAAAGUUGCGGUUUAAGAUGACGUGGUUGUGUUGCAGAAGGCUUCCAUUGCCCAGAUAACACGCAUGCGGCGCCCUGGUUGUCUUUGCAGCUGUGCAGCUGUGUGAUCACACCUUGACUGAGAAGUAGGCAGCGGGUGCUCGGAAGUGGACAGUUGCAGAACUAGCCCAGGACCCAGGGUGCAUAGGGUUUGAGGCGAAGGACUCAUUCGUGCCGGAGUCAUCUGCACAGAGAGAGGGAGGCGUAUUCUCAGAUUUAAAAAGAUGACUGUAGUGUCACCCUACACUCAAGACCUGAUGGACUGCACUCACUCCCAUGCUGUGCUGAGCAAACUCAAUGACCUGCGCUCUGAAGGCCUCUUCUGCGACGUGACCAUCGUUGUGGAGGAUGUAAAGUUCAGAGCCCACAGGAACAUUCUAGCGGCCUGCAGUGGCUACUUCAGGAACGCCUUGAUUGCCUCCCAAAGCUGGAGCUCCAGCCAGGUGCUGGAGUUAGUGGACCUGAAGUCUGAAGUGUUUGCCAGUAUCCUCAACUUCAUCUACUCGUCUAAAGUGGCGUCGGCUGGUGCGGACGAAACAAGGGGCCUAGUGGCAGCUGGGAAAAGACUAGGAAUUCCUUUCUUAGAGAAGCUCUCAGAACCGGAUAGACAAAGCUCUACCGUUUCCAAGAUCAUGCGGGUCAGAGGUGUUAUGAAUAUAGAUCCCAGCCAGGGCCCAGAGCCAAAGAACACCAAGAAGGAGCCGUCCAGGCCUGUGGAUAUAAACGCAACCACAGGGCCACGGAUCACCAAUGCUUUCUCUAUCACUGAAGUAGGACCCGGAAACAACCCCUUCACCCCACUGGUUCCAACUGAUGGGGAGAGGAAGUCACCAGAUGUGGGGCAAGUCCUAGCUAGUUGCCCCAUCAUCUCUUGUCUCACUGCAACAAAUGAGCUACCACAUGCCCUGUCUGAACACUCCUAUGCAGUGAUCCAGACUGAGGAGCAAAAAGACAGAAACCCCAAAGACUGUAAAAUGGGACCAAAGCCUUCACAGCUACAGACAAAGCAGCUUGCCAUCCAGAAUAUAGGCCCACUGAAAAAACGUCAUCGGUUGAGAGGCACAUUAGAGAGAAAUACGACCUCUACCAAAGAUUCACAACAAUCCACAGACAUUCCAGAUGCUAAUUGGCCAGUAGCAGACAGUUCUCCUACAGGAGUCAUCUCCUACAUGACAGCUGUAGUCAUUGCCCCACCCCCACUCAACGCAGAACCGGAACCAGAGAAGAACACAGAUGAUGCAGUAACCACAGAUAAUUUUCAGAUGGAGUUUGAGCCACCCACUCUCUCCCCUCAUGUAGAAGACAGCAUAUCAAUCUACGGAUGUGAAUACUGUCCAGAGAUAUUCACCAAUAACGCUCUUCUCACCCUCCAUAUGGAAGUGCACAAAAGACGUUUUGUCAGUCAUCUGUUUUGCAAAUUCUGCGACAGGAAGUUUAUGCACCUCAAGCGGUUACGCAACCACGAGCAUGGCUGUCUUAAGGCCAUACAAGACCCUCCUGAGACAGAUCCCGUUGAAACCUUAAUAAUGGACAUCCAUUCAGACAAUGUAGCAACCAUGGAUAAGCAAGCAGAAGAGGUACCUCCUGAUGACCCACACAGCCCUUGUAUUCCAGAACCAGAUCAAAACAACCCAUCAGAAGCCCGGCAGGGCAUGGCGAGGGUAGAAAAGACAGGUGGCAGUCAGAGGGUUUACAAUUGCAGUGUGUGUAAACGGGUUUAUAUCACCUUGUCCAGUCUGAAACGGCAUGAGAAUGUACAUUCUUGGCAGAGGGCCUACCCUUGUCAUUACUGUAAUAAAGUUUUUGCCCUGGCAGAGUACCGUACCAAGCAUGAAAUCUGGCAUACAGGUGAACGUCGAUACCAGUGCAUCUUCUGCUUAGAAACGUUCAUGACUUACUAUAUUCUAAAAAACCAUCAAAAGGCAUUUCAUGGCAUUGACCCGAGACUAGCGGUGAAGAAGAAAUCAGCCAAAGGCGGAUUCAAAGCUAGUGUUUAUCCUAUCAAACUGUACAGGCUUCUUCCAAUGAAGUUUCGAAAAAAGCGAUACAAGACGUACAGUGAGACCUAUGGAGACAGUGUUGAGAGCACCAUGGGGGAGAACAACUCUCUCAUCACUCCAAGUGAGGAAAACAGCAACCCUGAGCCUGGUUCCUUCAAUAUACCAAUGACAUUCAUGGCAACGACAAAGACGGUGGCCCCUGUGACGCCUCACAUCAACUUUAAACAGCCGUUAGAGCCAGAUAUUGAUAGUUAUACAACAUGUCGAAAAAGAGACUAUAGCAAAGAUGUUGAACACAGGAGUUCACAUCCCCUCCAUCACAACCAUCCAAAAAAUUUGCAGACAGAAACCACUGCAGCGAGCUGUGACGAGAACACAGUAACGAUAAUGAACAUGGACCACUUCAGUCGUAAUAUACCAUUCUUGACCAAAACAUUGAAAACUGUUAACAAGCUCGGUGAACUAUCAGCCGCAGCAAAAAGAGUGGAAGCCAUGACCAAGGAGAUACUUCUCUCAGGAACAGACAGUUUGAAGCAGGGUAAGACAGUAUGUAGCAGAAAAACGGAAACAUACCUCGCUAAGCCUGUUUGUCCAGGUCCAUCUGUGGAUGGGGAUGCUCUGCCACUCUGUCAGAUCACAGUCAAAAUAGGGAACGAGGCCAUUAUCAGGCGUCAAAUCAAGGGUUCAAAUCUGUUCCCCAGGAAGAGGAAGAAAAGCAGACAAAGGGAGACCCCAGGUGAGUGGUUUUCAACUGAGGAUAGCUCUGGUAGUGCCAGGCUUCAAACUCAAAUGGAAAUCUCAGCUGUAAAAGAGGCCGAGACAUACGAAGAUCCCAAUGACCACGAAGCCGCCGACAAAUCCUGGCGUCCCUACUAUUCAUAUAAAGCAAAAAAAAAAAAGAAGAAGAUGAGAUUCAAACACAGAAAAGAUCAACAAUAUUCUUUACCUCCAACUUCAGUAGCCAGAGCUCCAGCCAAAGAGGGAUACCCAGAGAGGAGAAGCCUGGCAACAGACAAUAGUACCUCAGCCAACAGCACGGACACACAAUGCAACAUCAGGAACCGUUCGCCAAGAGCCUCCUACAAAUGUGACAUCUGCGACAGCUCCUUCAUCACAGAGUCCGGCUUGAGGGCCCAUGUAAUUGGUUCCCAUCCGUGUUUCUGUCGGACGUGUGGAGAACAGGGUCCACCCGGGGAGGUGCCUGGCGGUGGAGAUUACGUCUGCAACAACUGCAUGGAAAGCGGCUCCUGUUUCGAUAACACACCGCAGAGAUGCAGCACUGAGAAGAAGUACCACUGCUCAUUUUGUCCCCAGCGCUUUCUAUACCUUGCCACAAAGAGAAGCCAUGAAAGAAAACACCAGGAAUUGGGAAACGGGAAAGGGUAUAAAUAUAACAAGUGCCCACCACGUUCUAAACAUGCAACUCAACUGGCUGAAGACGGCCAACAUACCAUUAAAUCUGAGGAAGAUGACGAAGAGGUAACUCACCUCAGAUGCAAUGAGGAAGGAACGGGUACUUGUACAGGAAACACUGCACCGAAGAUGGAAGGAAAGGCUGGCUUCCCGUCUGUUGCGACAAAAUCCUUCCAAGAACCGCAUUCCAAAACAAAAGAUCUGCUUUCAUCUUCAAACAGCGACAGUGUUUUUCCUGAGUUACCCACAAAGGUGAAAUAUAAAAUGUCAAAAAAGAGAAUGGAUGUACAAGAUUCUCUUCAUCUCCCUUCCAAAAUGCAAGCGCAUGAGAGGGACAAUAGCAGGGGACUUUUGAAAAGGCCAAAAACGCUUCAUGAGAAGCACCCUCAUCUGUUGUGGAAACAAGAAUCUGUAAAAAAAGGGAUUUCUAUCUGCAAGACGGAGCAUUGGGUUUGCAAACAGGAGCCUGUUUUUGAGGGCCAGUAGUUAUUUGGAGCAAGAGGGAAGUUGACUGUUCAGGAGUACAUGUGAAACUACUUCAUCUAUGAUUUGAUUGCAACUAGUUUAACUGACAUUGUAAGGUUAUCCUUCAUCCAUUCUUUCUCUUGAUUGAAAAUACAAAUAAAUGCCUCAGUAAAACAUUGAUUUGAAAUGGCCAAUGUCAAUUGAAAUCACAAAUAUAAAAAGGGUGUAUCCAUUUUAAAUACAUGUUUUAAGAGAUUAUUUUGUAGACUUCUGAAAUAAACCUUAUUUUAGAAUUUCCGCAUGGAGGAAAUCCUGCAAGAUUAUAAUCGUAAAUCUAAUCUUGAGAAGUUUUAUUUUAUGGAGACAUUCUCUAGAAUGUGGCUGAUAAAUACAAUUAUAUUGUGAUUAUUGCCUUGCGUGAUUCAGGUCUUAUUUAAUUGGUUCAGAGGAAUUGGAGUAUAAAAGCAGAUGUAACAGAAAUCACUGAUGUAUUCCUCGUCAUUUAACUUUUACGAAAAAUUAAUUUUUUAUUGUUGGUUUAUGUCUUUUGAUUGCAUACUUGCAUAUUCAUCGUUCAGUAAGUUGUUAUUGAUUUAAUGUAUAUUAUAGGCAACAUUGAGAUUAACAAUGCGAAUUUUGUGUGUUUAAUAUGUAUAAAUAUGCAAAGGUGUUAUAAUAAAGAAAUAAAUUUGCUUAUUAAUAACACCAUAGUAAGAUAUUGAAUGGUCCCUGUUUCUUUCUUGCCUGAAAACACCCACAAACAAACAUUAAGGGAACAGUUUGCAAAAUACUUUUUGGAUCAUAAUUGACCUGUUGAUUGCAACGUUCACCAUCUAAGGAAUUUAAAAGAAUAAAAUCCAAAAUAGAAAGCCUUGAUGACAAAUAUCCAAAAGAAUGGUAGCUAGCUAUGCAUAAAUUAAUUGGACUGUCUAGAGACACACUACUAUAUAUCAAUAAAUAUAUAUAGAUAGAGAAAAUAUAAUUUAAUUGCCCAACUUAUUAUGAUUAUGAUAUAUUGAAGAUAUUGAACGUUUCCUUAUAAUUAUGUUUUAUAUAAUUAAGACUAUUGGUCACAUGUGUUUUUUCUAUUAUUUGUCUUUUUAGUUAUCCACUGUUCAGCACUUUGGUCAGUUAUGCCGUGGGUAUAAAUGUGCUUUAUAAAUUAAAUGUAGGUUACUUAUACUUACUUUAUUAUUAUUAUUAUCAUUAUUAUUAUUAUGAUGAUGAUGAA